AUGCUAAUUCAUUCAUUAUUUCGUAAGGGCUUAGAUGCAGACGAGCAUUUAAAUUCUAGACAAAAAGCCGAUAGAAAAGUUUAUGAUGCACUCUUGUUUUCGUGGUAUGUUGAUUCCAAGAAUUUCACUGAAGAAAUUCGUCCUCUCUAUGCAAAAUUGCUUGCUUUUCCGAUUCGAUAUUUUACACCAACACAAUUGCGCGAUGCCGCUAAAGCCAGAUUAGAAAGGUAUGGAGUUGUCACCGUGGGAGAUUUGGGGGUACUUUUAGAUAAAGAUAAAAAGAUGGACAGAGUUGCACUGGAAUCUUAUGAUGUAUUAUUGAAAAAAAUAGGAAAUAACGAAUAUUUCUUUGGAGACCAGCCAUCAACUUUAGAUGUCAUAGUGUAUAGUCAUUUGUCACUUCAUCUAUAUGCGAAACUUCCUCAUCCAAAUUUAUCUAUUAUUCUCAAUAACGAAUAUCCUCGUCUCGCAAGAUUUUGUAAUCGAAUGAAAAAUCGAUUAUCCUCUCAACCAAUUAACCAGUUACCUGACAUUGAUUUACCAUCAGUUUUUACGGGAUUAAUAAAAUCACCGCGAACGUGGUUUACAUCAUCAGAAGUGAAAACUUCAAAGACAGAAGAAACCCCUCAAAAGUCUGAGGCUCAAAUCAAAUUCGAAAGAAAGAGAAAUAUAUCAAUUUUUGGAGCAAUUGUUCUUAUGAUAGUUCAUGUAGUUUGGAACGGAAUUAUAACUAUCGAAUGGGAUGAUAAACGAAUAAGCAUACUUUAA